GCCGCCGGCAGUUGGAGCCCGAGCCCCGCGGCGAGCGCACGAGUGCAGUGAGCGCGCAGUCCGAGUGUCCAGUGCAGUGAGUGUGUAUAGUGCGUGCCACACCGGCGCUGCAGUGAGUGUGCCAUGCGGGACGCGGCGCCCCGGCGGCGCGCGGCGCGGCGCUGACCCGAUGCGCGGCGCGCGGAGUCCGCGGCGCACGCCGCUGCUGCUCGCCCUCGCCCUCGCCUGCCUGCUGCGCUGCGCGGCGGGGGCGGGCGUGUUCGAGCUGCAGAUCCUGGAGUUCUCCAACUACCGCGCGGCGCUGGCGUCGGGCGCGUGCUGCGGCGGCGGCGCGCGCGCAGCGGCCGAGCAGGCGUGCGCCGCGCCGUGCCGCACCAAGUUCUCGCUGUGCCUCAAGGAGUACCAGUCCGCCGCCGCGCCCGGCGCCUGCUCCUUCGGCCGCGCCGCCUCGCCCGUGCUCGGCACCGACUCCUUCACGCUGGCCGAGCCGCUCUACACGCUGGCGCUGCCCUUCUCCUUCCGCUGGACGCGAUCCUUCACGUUAAUACUGCAAGCUUACGACGACUUCGAGUACUCCGAUCCAGAGGCGGGGCUGGUGGAGGAGGCGUGGUGGUCGGGCAUCGUGGAGCCGAGCGCGGAGUGGCACGCGCUGCAGCACGCGGGCGCGGCCGCGGCCGUGGCGUACCGCGUGCGCGUGCUGUGCCAGCCCAACUACUACAACACCACGUGCACCACCUUCUGCCGCCCGCGCGACGACAAGUUCGGCCACUACUCCUGCACCUCCGAGGGCGACAAGCGCUGCCUGCCCGGCUGGCAGGGGGACAACUGCGAGAAACCUGUGUGCAAGGAAGGCUGCCACCCCACACACGGCCGCUGCGACCGCCCCGGAGACUGCGAUUGCCGGCCGGGCUGGCGCGGCGAGCUGUGCUCCCAGUGCCAGCCGUACCCGGGCUGCAAGCACGGCUACUGCAACGGCUCCUCCUGGGACUGCACCUGCGACACCAACUGGGGCGGAAUCCUGUGUGACCAAGAUCUCAACUACUGCGGCACGCACGAGCCGUGCCAGCACGGCGGCACGUGCGAGAACACGGCGCCCGACCAGUACCUGUGCCGCUGCGCCGAGGGCUUCUCGGGCACGGACUGCGAGCGCGUGGACAACCCGUGCGCGCCGCAGCCGUGCGUGCACGGCGAGUGCUCGCUGGCUGCCUCGCCGCGCGGGUUCGCGUGCGCCUGUCAGCGCGGCUGGGCGGGCGCGCUCUGCGACCAGGACGUGGACGACUGCGCCAGCGCACCCUGCCGCAACGGCGCCACCUGCCGGGACCGCCUCGACGCCUUCGUCUGCGACUGCGCUCCCGGCUGGACCGGCUCCACCUGCACUGAAGAUGUGAAUGAGUGUGAACAGAGGGGGGUAGAGGCAGCGAACGGUGGGGCCGAAGGUUCGCUGGGUCCUUGCGUGAAUGCAGCGGCGUGCAACAACACGGCGGGCGGCUACUCGUGCGCCUGCCUGGCCGGCUGGACCGGCCGCGACUGCGAGGCCAACGUGGACGACUGCACCGGCCAGUGCCUCAACGGCGCCACCUGCAUCGACCUCGUCGACGACUUCCACUGCGCGUGCGCGGCCGGCUACUCGGGCCGCACGUGCGCGCUCGACGUCGACGACUGCGCGCCGCGGCCCUGUCGCAACGGCGGCGAGUGCGUCGACUUGCUCAACGCGUACCGCUGCAUCUGCCCCGUCGGCUUCUCCGGCACCAACUGCGAGGACGACCGCGACCACUGCGCAGGCGCUCCGUGCGGGAACGGCGCAGCUUGCUACACGGCCCAGAGCGACUACUACUGCCACUGCGCCCCCGGCUGGACCGGCAAGAACUGCACGCAGCGCGCAGCUAAAGAACAGAGCGACGUGUGCACGGCGGGCGGCGCGUGCGUGCGCGGGCGCUGCGUCCGCGCGCCCCCCGCGCCCCCGCGCUGCGUCUGCCAGCCCGGACACUCCGGCGCGCUCUGCGACCAGCAGGUGAACGAGUGCGCGAGCAGCCCCUGCCGCAACAACGGCAGCUGCGUGGACGGCACCGCGGACUUCACGUGCAUCUGUCGCGACGGCUGGACCGGUAAAACUUGCUCAAUACGUGUAGACGGAAUUGAACACUGCCCUGAAGGAACUUGUGCAAACGGAGGAACGUGCGUACGCGAGGGAGGGGGCUGGCGCUGCGUGUGCGCAGGUGGCUGGGCGGGCGCCGCGUGUGACACGGCGCCGGCGCCCGCAGCGCCCGCCUGCCCGUGCGCGGCCGGCGGCACCUGCGUGCCCACCGCGGCGCCGCCCGGCUGGGCGUGCGCGUGCCGCGAGGGCCGCACGGGUGCGCGCUGCGAGCUGGCGGCCGAGCCGUGCGCGUCGGCGCCGUGCCGCAACGGCGGGCGCUGCGUGGGCGGUACGGGCUGGUGGGCGUGCGAGUGCGCGGCGGGCUGGUCGGGCGACACGUGCACGGUGCGCGCGCCGGCCUGCGCGCCCGCGUGCCCGCCGGCCGCGGCCUGCGUGGCGGACCCGCUGCGGCCGGAGCGCGGCGCGCGCUGCGUCUGUCCGCCGCCACCGCACCGCUCCGCUCGCCGCUGCCUCGAGAUGCUCGCGGGGCUGGGCGCGGACGGCGACGAGGGCGCGGAGCGAGACGAGGGCGGGGCGAGCGACGUGGGCGGGGGCGCGGACGGCGCGGACGGCGAGCCCGGCGCGUGCGGCGCCGACAACGGCACGUGGUGGUGGGGCUGCAACGCCUGCUGGUGCGAGGGGGGCGCGCCCGCCUGCACGCGCCUGUGGUGCGGCCUGCCCGACUGCCACGGCGCCGCCGCGCAGCCGUGCCGCACCGACGAGGUGUGUGUGCCGAGUGCGCCCGCGCUGUGUCUGCGCGGGCCGUGCGCGGCGCUGGGCGAGUGUAGGCGCGUGGCGGGGCGCCGCGUGGAGCCCCCCGCGCUCCCCGCGCCCCCCGCCUGCUGGCCCGGCGCCCGCGCGCCCCCGCCCGGCUGUGCGCGCGCCACGCUGCAGCUCGCGCGCGAGCGGCUGGCGCGCGGCGCGCACGUCGAGCGAGCGUGCGCCGCGCUGCGCCGGGCGCUGGCCGCGGCGCUGGCGGCCGCCUCGCACGGCGCGCCGCCCGCACCGCCGCUCGCACUGCUCUGUGACCUGGCGGCCGACGAUGAUGACGCGCUAGACCUCGCCCUGUGGAUUGGCGAUGAAGUGGGAACUGACGGCGCCGAGCGAGCCGAGGCGCUGGGAGCGGCCGUGCGCGCGCUCAGCGACCUCGUGGCGCGGCGCCGCCUCGCGCACCACGCGCUGCUCGGCGCCGCGCUGCGCCUGCGCGUGCCCGCCGCGCCCGCGCCGCUCGCCGACCCCUCGGCACCCGCCCCUGCGCUAACGAUGGCGCUGGCGGCGCUGGCGAUACUCGUGCUGGCGGCGGUGGCUGCGGCCCUCGUGUUCUGGCUACGGCGACGACGCGCCGCCGCCGCCGCCGAGCGCUCGCGGCGUUGCGACGAGGAAAAGUCGAACAAUUUACAAAACGAAGAGAACUUGCGGCGCUACGCGAACCCGCUGCGCGACGAGACGGCGGCGGGCGCGGCGCGGCGGCCGGCGGACGAGCUGCCGCGCGCGCACUCGCUGUACAAGGCGCAGAACGCCGACGCGCGCAACGACACGCCGCCGCGCGACAAGGAGCUGACGAAGCGCGCGCUGCCGCCGCCCGAGCCGCCGCCCGCGCGCCACCCGCCGCCCGAGCGCCUCACGGUGCUCGUGUGACGCCGCUCUCUGUGAUACUGUGCCGCGCCGCCGCAGCACGAUAUUAACUAUUUAUUGUUUACGACAUACAUCGCCAUUUUGUAAAUAUUGUAUUUUAUGUAAAUAAUGUUGAUCUGUGUGAAAGCUUUGUACGUUUUGUGAGUGAACAUUGAAGUAUUUUUGUUUGUAAAGGUUGUAAAGAGAAAAUGAGAAGUUGUUGUAAUAAAAAUAAACUGAGUUUA